CUGUCGUCGGUCGUCUUUAACAGUUCUGUUAUAUCGGGACGAGUUUAUUGGUGUUUUAUUACCUAAAUAAAUAUAUUAGGCAAAAUCGCUUUGGAAGGCAGCGCCGGCAAUAGGCGCCCACGCGCGAAAAUUGCGGGGGCGAACGCUAGAGGCUUCACGCAUUCAAACGUGCGCGCGCGCCGAUACACACGCGCCUAUAAAAACCUUUUUUAAGUCGAAAAAAUAUAAACACGACACGAAAAGAUCACCAUUUAAGAGUCCGGUUUAUAGUCUGUGCUGUGUUCCAUAGAUUAGUUUUAAAGGAUUCAUAGUUCAUAGUGCCGUCAAUGACACGAAUUUGUGAUCGAUGUUUAUGAAUGGAGUUCGAUGUGACGUCAUGCAUAGUGUUGUGACUGUGUGCGCUGCGGUUCGGAGCGUCAAUUUGUUGACAAUGCGUGAUCAUUAGACUGGAAAGAAUGUGGCUAAUGGGCGCGCUGUCAAUACUGUGCGCGGUAUCACACGCUGUGUCAGAGUGGCAUUGUCCUGAAUUGAGUGCACGGCCCUCCGCUGAGUGCUCGUGCGAUCUACCUCAUACUCUGCGAUGCGCUGGCGACCAUACAGCGUUACAGAUAAUCGGCCGCCAUCUUCGCGAGCAAAGAGCAAGAAACAAGAACAGUGCUGUAUCAUUAUUGGACUGUGCUCUCCGUGGGGUAACAUCGCUGUCUUCAGCUUCAAUAGCGGAACUGGCUGGUGUCGGUCUACAUGGUCUGGUCAUAUCAUCUGGUGACAUAAAGCGAGUGCAGCAAGGCGCCUUCAGUAGCAUAUCUACGACGAUACUUGCUUUGGGUUUACCUAACAAUCAACUACCAUCAGUGCCGACUGAAGCGUUAUCAUACCUCAAGUUUUUAGAUCGUUUGGAUCUUUCCAAUAACAAAAUACACAUCCUGGAUUCCAAUUCGUUUAAGGGUAUUCAAAAUCUUACCUACUUGGACAUGAGUGACAAUCAGCUGACGAGUAUAUCACCGGGCGCCUUUGAGCCUUUAUCUAAGCUGUCUGUGCUACGGCUUCGAGGAAAUUUACUAAAAGUGUCCGCUCUGAAUGCCUUGAAGGAGGCGCAUUUUUUAAAGGAACUCGACGUUUCAAGUAACGCACUAGAAGGACCGGUUGGACCGACCACGGUUCCGGCUCUCAGCAUUUUGGAAACCCUUCACUUGUCCGAUAACACCUUUGCGAGCAUUCGACGAGGGGCUUUGGCAGGCCUUACAAAUCUCACCCAUUUAAAUCUUCACAACAAUCAGAUCGACGUGUUAGAAGACUACGCUUUCAAGCAUCUCUCUAAUCUGUCACACCUGGACCUUUCUCAUAAUGAGAUUGUAGCCGUCUCAGGCGCAUCAUUAGCACAAUUAAUAAACUUGGCACACUUGGAUCUGUCACACAACUUCCUCCGCUCUCUCUCAGCGGAACCUUUGAAGGCUCUCAAUCAUCUCACAGAUCUUCUGCUCCAUGAUAACGAUAUAUCAAUGAUUGAAGACGGAGCUCUUGUACAGCACAAGGACUUGCGUCGGUUUACUAUUGAAGAUAAUCCACUUAAUUGCGAUUGCUUAAUGGCUGGCUUUGCGAGGUGGUUGCGGGAGGCAAAAAACCUGCCUCAAUCAGAUAAAUCAGCAGCCGUUUGUGCCACGCCACCUCAUUUAGAGGGAGCAUUAAUUUCUCGACUAUCGAAAAACAAACUUUGCGACGAUGAACAUGUCGAUACGAAGGUUAUUGAUGAAGAUAAUUUUGAUUAUAACAAAGUUAUUGAGAAUACAAUUGAUGAUCAAGAGAAAGAUGAUCCUGUAGAUAUGUAUGGAGAUAAGCCUGAUGGAUUAGAUGAUGAUAUUUAUGAUGAAGAAUUGGAAGUUCCGGCUGAAGAAGACUUGCCUAUCUCGAAGUCUAAGGUACAACUUAUAGAUUCCUGGUACGAUGACGAGGAAGUACACUUAUCCUGGACUAUGGAACCACCUUCCACGCGGAGAUAUAGGUGUACCGGUGUGACAGCAUCCAAGAGCGGUGGACUUCCUAAGCAUGUUGCUUGCCACAGAGCUUCACCUGCGAAUAUAAUUUUAAGAGGCCUGAAGAUUGAUCCUAUAGAAAAAUAUACAUUCUGUAUAGCAUUAGAAGAGAUGGAUGGCAAUGAUGUUCCCAUGGCUCUUGUUUUGGGUUGUGGAGCUCCACAGCUAGUAAGACAACGAGCUGCGUAUGUUACUGUCAGACCUUUGCCAAUUACAGUUCCAGAUCGAGAAGUUUUGAGAGUCUCAGAAGUCCGAUCAAACGUAACGAGUGAAGGACUUCUCACCGUCUUAGUUUCUGUUAUGGGAAUGCCGCUUUCAAAACCGCAGUAUGUUUUACCAAGAUCCCAAAGAGUGUCAACACCUGACACCAGAUUCUUGCCCUUGCAUAACUGUUAUGUAAUUUUAGCAGUCUUGUCUAGAGGCUCGUUGGUAGCGCAAAAAGAUACACCAUGUCAGGAAACCUUAGAAAUAUCUAUGGAAGGGUUUAUUCGAGGUCCUUACAAAGUAUUCACACGAUGUUCGUUAACUCGCGAGUUGUUGAAAAAUAAUUUUCCGAAGACUUUCCUUACUAAUUGGGUUUGUUUAGUAGAACAGGAGAGUGAUAAGAACACAGCAGCCCAUGUAGUUAAGACGCCGCGGAAGCAGUAUUAUGGACUAUUCCAAAUAGGAAGCGAAUGGUGUAAAGAAGGCCGUAAAGGUGGUAAAUGCAACAUCGCCUGUGAAGCUCUUUUAGACGACGAUAUCAAAGAUGACUGCUUAUGUGCAUCCCAAGUGUUCGAAGAAGAAGGUUUCAAGUAUUGGUCGAAAUGGGAAGCGAGGUGUAAGGGACAGCGGCUACCUGAUAUUCAGAAGUAA